AUGCACACCAGAACAAACCCUUCCAGAAAGAGGCAACGCGCCCCGCCCCGUAAGAAGGCCUGCAGUAAUUGCACGAAAUCCAAAGUUCGCUGCGAUCUCGAGAGACCGGCUUGUUCACGAUGCCGAUCACGAGGUCAGAGCUGCGAGUACUCUGCCAAUGUGGACGUGAGUCCGUCUGUCGAUGCUUCGCCUGCGAUGGAACUCGAUACAGCAGUGAUCGGGAUUCCGCAGCCGGAUCGGGCGGCGGACGUGCCGGUUGAGUUUCCUUUCGGUGCAAUCACGACCGCCCAGAACAAGCCGCAGACAAGACCAGACCAGAACAACGGAGCUAAGCUUGAUCUGCGAUUAGUCGACUUGGCACCUAGUGCUAAUGCCGGGCAAAUUCGGGACCGCUGGCUGAGGCCUUACAUCCUACCUUCUUUGGAAGAUGAAGAGAUCCCCAAGGCAUAUCACCCGUUCACUCUGCAGUACAUCGCACGGAUAUUAUGUACAUAUCCCCGUUGUAUGCUCAAAGAUGGUGGUCUGCCGCCUAUUAUCCACCGCGCGCAGAUAACAGGAAAGGAAAUGCCACGCGCACUCGCAAAUUGCUAUAGCUUGGUGCGGAUGUGGGAGCAGGCGGUGCCGGGGAGUGAGGCAAUGGUAGUCGGUAUAGUAGAAAACGAGAUGCGACGGUUGGCUGAAGAGCCUCCGAGUCACCAUGACUACGAACUUCUUGCGACAUUCCAGGGAUACCUGAUCUAUUCGAUUAUGAUGUACUUCGCUCCCAUCUGUGGCCCCUCCGUCGUGAAUGACCAGGUUAUAAUGACUCUAAUGGAAAUGGCUUCACGUACCGCAGGGAAUGGCCUCUUCUGUACCGCUGAACUUUCUCGGUCACGGCCAAACUGGGAAUCCUGGAUUGUGGCGUCUACAAAACGCCGUGUUAUUCUGGUCAUGUACCUCUUCAGCAGUGUAUAUAAUGCUGAUCGUCUUCUUCCAAACUUCGUUGCUGAAGAACUACGGGGUAUGUAUGCACCAGAAAGCAGGUCGUUAUGGGAUGCCGUUGAUCGCGAAACAUGGACCAAAGAGUACGACCGUCACUUGCUUCAUUGGGAGGAUGGCAUGCUGGAGAUUUCGGAGUUGUGGAGAUCAGUAGAGACUUCUUCUCCCCCACGGCGAGAGAGAAUAGAGCGCUGGGUACAGAAAGUGGACGAAUUCGGGAUGAUGAUAUUCGCUGUUUGUGCUCAUAUCCAUGGAUGUUGA